CGCCCCCUGCCCCGGAAGCACUGGCCGGCGGGGGAAGGUUUCUGGGCCUGCUGGCGAGCGGCGUUUCCUUUUCGUCCGACAUCUUGUGGAGGCCGCGGUGGUCGCCGCUGCUCCCGGGGUUUCGCUAUGCCGCCCAAGGACGACAAGAAGAAGAAGGACGCCGGGAAGUCGGCCAAGAAAGACAAGGACCCAGUGAACAAGUCUGGGGGCAAAGCCAAGAAGAAGAAGUGGUCCAAAGGCAAAGUCCGGGACAAGCUCAACAACCUGGUCCUGUUCGACAAGGCGACGUACGACAAGCUCUGCAAGGAGGUUCCCAACUACAAGCUCAUAACCCCGGCUGUCGUCUCCGAGCGACUGAAGAUCCGCGGCUCCCUGGCCAGGGCCGCCCUCCAGGAGCUGCUCAGCAAAGGGCUUAUUAAACUAGUCUCCAAGCACAGAGCUCAAGUAAUUUACACCAGGAACACAAAAGGUGGGGACGCCCCAGCUGCUGGAGAAGAUGCGUGAACAACAGGUUACCCGGUGAGCUCGGA